UGGUCUAAACUUUUUAGAACAUUUGAAACGAUUCUGUGAAUUAUUUCAAUUGUGUGUUUCUAUUGUUUCUAGAGUACAGAUAAUCUCUAGUUAAGCUGUCCAGUGUUAAGAAACAGAUUUAAAGAAAUAUUAUGAAUAUAAAUUUUGAUAUUUGGCUUGAACAAAACUAAAUUAGAUAUGACCGCACCGAUAGUGAUCCAAACAACCGCCAAUUCGUUUUCUUUUCCAUGCGUUCAACGGUUACGUCAUCAUCAGCACGCCGAAGAGGCAAAACAAAACGUCACGCACCACCGCGGAGUAGAGCAUAAGUUUAUUUUUGGUUGCGUCCGGAUAGCGUGGACUUCGUGGUGUUUGCCCGCACGCAUCGAACGAAGGGUUAAGCGCGGCGAAGGACAGGAGAGUGCGUUGACCAACGGGAAGAGUUGCUGGUACUUUCGAUACAGUGUGCAGUGUGCAUCGGCGCCGCUUCUAAUCAAACACGUGUAUCGUUAAAAAACGCAUCGAGCUGGAAGUGAAGCAAUAGCACACAAUUGAAACCGGUAGUUUGACCGUGAACCACCUACCAACACAUUGCGUACGUGCGUGCAUGUGUGCGUGCGCGUUGUUUGCUGUUGCUGCUGCUGCUGCUGCUUCAUUGGUGGUGAAAAGGUGAAGCGCGUGUUCACUCUCCUUGGCGGAGGUCCCAGUCGAAAGAAUAAUAUCUUCCGAAACCAGAGCGCUUCGAUCAGCAUCGUUUUCGCAAAUGUGGAACCGAACGUUUUGGUUUUUCGUUGCGUUGCGCGUUGCGUCAGUGUUUCUCGUAGCGAGCUGGUUCGUCCCCGAUGAGUACUGGCAAAGUCUCGAAGUGGCUCAUCAUCUUGCAUUCGGCUAUGGCCACAUGACCUGGGAAUGGACGGCUGGCAUUAGGAGUUACGUGUAUCCGGCUGUAUUUGCCGGUCUGUAUAAACUGUUGGCAUUGGUUGGCUUAGAUUCGGCGGAUUUGCUAACGCUUGUUCCCCGGAUUCUGCAAGCAUGCCUCAGUGCGUACGCCGACUAUCGUUUUCACGUAUGGUGCAACCGAACCAAAUGGUCCACGUUUUUACUUGCUUCCUCCUGGUGCUGGUUUUACGUAGGCUCACGCACAUUGGCCAACACGCUGGAAACCUCUCUGACCAUGAUUGCGCUCAGCUACUUCCCCUGGGCUUCGGAGUGUACGCGUUUCCUGUGGCCGGUGGCAUUGUCGUUUUACGUUCGGCCGACUUCGAUCCUUCCUUGGGUACCGUUGUGUUUGUAUCACAUCAAAAAAUCUUCCCAUCCGACUUGGGAACUGUUGCUGAAGCGCUAUAUGCUUAUUGGCCUGCUGACGGGUGCUUUCUGCGUGAGCGUAGAUAGUUACUUCCACGGCACGGUCGUUUUUACGUUCUACGAGUUCCUGAAGUACAACGUGUUGAAAGGUGUGGGAAGCUUCUACGGAGAGCAUCCAUGGUACUGGUAUCUGUAUGCCGGAUUGCCGACCGUGCUCGGAAUCUGCGUGCUGCCAUUCCUGCUAGCUUCAUACGAAACCGUACGCCACCGUAAGGUGUACAAAGAGCGGGCCAUUCUGUUGCUUUCGGUUUGUUUCACCGUGCUGGUGUAUUCGUUACUGUCGCACAAAGAAUUCCGCUUCCUGCUGCCUGUCUUGCCAAUGUGUUUGUUCAUUACCGCCGAUUAUCUCGUUCGUUGGAGCCGUAAAGCAUCCAGUAAAAUGAUUUGGUUCACCGCUUUGCUGAUAGUGUCGGUGAAUGGGUUGAUGGCGGGUUACGGCGGACUGGUACAUCAGCGUGGCACGCUAGACGUGAUGCCCUACCUGGCUACCAACGCAAAGGACUAUCGUGACGAGUUUAAUAAUCCCGCCAAAAUGUUCUUCCUAAUGCCUUGCCAUUCGACACCGUUCUACAGCCACGUGCAUCAAAACGUCACAAUGCGUUUUCUGCACUGCGAACCAAAUCUGACCGACCAACCGAACUAUCUCGACGAAGCGGACCAGUUUUAUGCUAAUCCGAUGGGCUGGAUACGCAAGAACCUUCCGGUUCAUCCAAUCAGCGCUUUACCUACGCACGUUGUUGCGUUCGAUGUGCUCGAACCGCAAAUCAAGGAUUUCCUCUCGAUUUAUCAAGAAAAAGCUUCAUUCUUCCACACCGACUACCCGAUGGGACGUGUGGGCGGAUAUGUGAAAGUGUAUGAGAGGUUCGAUCGGAAUGCAGCUACUGCCGCUAGUAGUACGACUGCCGCACCCACCACGACCAGUGUUCCUUCCCUGGAGGACGAUUAUGAUCCAGAGUACAAUGCGUAAA